AUGGUGCAGGAUUUCUAUGGAAUUUUUAAUUGUUUGGUUUCCAUCGGGAUAUGCCUGCUUUUGUCCGUCACUUACGUGGCCAGUCUGCACGUUUGGAAGUCUCCACACAACAGAGACCAUCCUUCCACAAUAAAAAGAAGAUUCCUGAGUGUGUUCGUCAUGCUUUUUUUGUCACCAUGUUUUCUCUAUAUGGGAAUAAGCAACCAAAUUUUAGAAAAAACGACUUUAGCUGAACUAAUGGGACUGAAAACUAUGGGACUAUGUCAGGCCUUCAUUAUGCCUUUGUUUUUAACUAUGGUCCUCUUCUUGGGACCCAUUGCCAUGAAAGUACACAAUGGUCUUCUAAAAUUAUACACUGAACCCAUGUACUGGAUAAGUAAUUUUAAAAAUUUGAUCUGGUUAAGAAACCACUUAGUCGCUCCUUUUUCCGAGGAAUUCACGUAUAGGAGUUGCAUGUUGCCUUUGCUCCUCCAAUGUUUUCCGCCAAUGACAGCCGUGUUAAUCUGUCCUCUAUUUUUUGGAGUUGCGCACUUUCAUCACAUGCAGGAACGAAUCAAGUAUGGAAUGGAUUUUAAACUGGCAUUCAAAAUAGCGUGUUUUCAGUUCGUCUACACCACAAUCUUCGGAAUGUACUCUGCCUACUUGUUGUUGCGAACAGGUCAUUUUGCUGCAACUUUUGUUGCGCAUGCCUUUUGUAAUCAUAUGGGAUUUCCCGAUUUAGUCGAAGUUAACACGUACAAAGGAGCUAAAAAGAUGGUUAUAGUGUUCUUGUUUAUUAUAGGUUUUGUUUUGUGGUGUUUUUUACUAAACCCAUUGACUAAACCGGACUGGUACUAUAAUAAUACUCGGUACAAAAUUUAACAAUUAACGUGAUAUAUGUAAUCAGGUGUAGUUAAUAUAUUGUUACUAUAGGACGAUUGUUAUAAACGAACGAAGCCAUUGGAAGUAUAGCAGUUAUAGGUAAUCAUUCGAACUUUCGCUGGUAUUAGGGAAAUCCAUAAUAUAAAAUAGGAAAGCGGUCGAUAUGACAAUUUUGCUCAACUUUUUUACAAUCUCGACUCUAGAAGUAAUUAAUUAUGUAAUUUGUUAUUGAUGCAUUACUACUUUUACAGUGACCUAGUAAAUAUUAUAACAGUUAAAAAGUUGUUUCGUCUUAAAAAAUCCGAAACAGUAUUUUAAAUUAAUUUAUUACUUAUAGGCAGUCUAAUUUAUCAUCACUUUACGUUAGUAUAUAUUAGUUUGUAAAUUAACGGUAACACCAGAUUUUAUUUUGAAAGUAUUUUAGAUAUUUAUGUAAUUAGUUAGGUAAUGAAAUUAUUGCGACACUCGUUAAGAUAUAUUGACUAAACGGCAGGAGUAACUUGUCAAUUAUUAACAUUAUUCUAUGAAGAAAUGCGAGUAUUAAAGAUGUUUCUUACGAUGUAUUUUAUUUACGAAUUAAACAAACAAGCAAUAA